GUGGUCUGGAGCUUGUUUGCGGAAGUAGAGGGAAGUGGAAGUGCUGAGUAAGACGAGGUCCCUCUAGGCCCCGAAUCAGGGGAACCAUGCUGGUGGGGAGCCAUCUGGAUGCCUGGGCAGUAAAUCACUGUACUUGGAGAGGUGGGCAUGGGAGACUGAGCACAGCUGACCGGAGACCCCGUUUUCUUCCAGACCGAGGGGGAAGGCAGCAGGGCCUCUCCACCGGCCCCACAGAAGAUGCAGUUCUUCGGCCGCCUGGUCAAUACCCUCAGUAGCGUCAGCAGCUUGUUCUCCAAUCCGUUCCGAGUGAAGGAGGUGGCCGUGGCCGACUAUGCCUCGUGCGGCCGGGUUCGGGAGGAAGGGCAGCUGAUUCUGUUCGAGAAUGCUUCCAGUCGCACCUGGGACUGUCUCCUGGUCAACCCCCAAAACUCACAGAGUGGAUUCCGACUCUUUCAGCUGGAGACGGAGGCCGAGGCCCUGGUGAACUUCCAGCAGUACUCCUCCCUGUUGCCACCCUUCUACGAGAGCUCCACCCACGUCCUGCAGGUGGAGGUCCUGCAGCAGCUGACCGACCUCAUCCGCAGCCACCCCAGCUGGUCGGCGGCCCACUUGGCGGUGGAACUGGGCAUCCGAGAAUGCUUUCAUCAUAGCCGCAUCAUCAGCUGUGCCAACAGCACGGAGAGCAAGGAGGGCUGUGCACCCCUGCACCUGGCCUGCCGCAAGGGUGACGCGGAGAUCCUGGUGGAGCUGGUGCAGUACUGCCACGCCCAGAUGGACGUCACCGACAACAACGGAGAGACCGCCUUCCAUUACGCUGUCCAGGGUGACAAUUCCCAGGUGCUACAGCUCCUCGGGAAGAACGCGUCGGCCGGCCUGAACCAAGUGAAUAACCAGGGGCUGACCCCGCUGCACCUGGCCUGCCAGAUGGGGAAGCAGGAGAUGGUCCACGUGCUGCUGCUCUGCAAUGCCCGCUGCAACGUCAUGGGGCCCAGCGGCUACCCCAUCCACACUGCCAUGAAGUUCUCCCAGAAGGGGUGCGCUGAAAUGAUCAUCAGCACGGACAGCAGCCAGGUGCACAGCAAAGACCCUCGCUAUGGAGCCAGCCCCCUCCACUGGGCCAAGAACGCGGAGAUGGCCCGCCUGCUGCUGAAACGAGGCUGCGACGUGAACUGCACCAGCUCCGCGGGCAACACGGCUCUGCACGUGGCAGUGCUGCGCGGCCGCUUCGACUGCGUCCUGGUGUUGCUGACCUACGGCGCCAACGCCAAUGCCCGCGGGGAGCUGGGCAACACGCCGCUGCACCUGGCCCUGUCGAAAGGCAACGUGGAGAUGAUCAAGGCGCUCAUCGUGUUCGGGGCAGAGGUGGAAACUCCAAAUGACUGUGGGGAGACCCCCGCAUGCAUAGCCUCCAAGAUCAGCAAACUUGUCACCAGGAGGACAGUCUUAACUCUGCUGAAAAACAUAGGGGUCGGCCACCACUCCCCAGUCCUCCCUGGGGCCCCCGCGGAGCCGGGCUCCCCAGCAACACAGCAUUCCUUCUCCCUGGAGAGGUCGCAGCCCCCGAUGAUCAGCUUAAACAACCUAGAGCUGCAGGACCUGGUGCACAUCUCCCGGGCCCGGAAGCCAGCCUUCAUCCUGAGCUCUAUGCGGGACGAGAAGCGGACCCACGACAACCUGCUGUGCCUGGACGGAGGGGGCGUGAAAGGCCUGGUCAUCAUCCAGCUCCUCAUCGCCAUCGAGAGGGCCUCCGGCGUCGCCACCAAGGACCUCUUCGACUGGGUGGCCGGGACCAGCACCGGGGGCAUCCUUGCCCUGGCCAUUCUGCACAGCAAGUCCAUGGCCUACAUGCGUGGUGUGUACUUCCGCAUGAAGGACGAGGUGUUCCGGGGCUCGCGGCCCUACGAGUCUGGGCCCCUGGAGGAGUUCCUGAAGCGGGAGUUUGGCGAGCACACCAAGAUGACAGACGUCAAGAAGCCCAAGGUGAUGCUGACGGGGACACUGUCUGACCGGCAGCCGGCUGAGCUUCAUCUCUUCCGGAACUACGAGGCUCCAGAGUGUGUGCGGGAGCCUCGUUUCAGCCAGAAUAUUAACCUCAAGCCUCCAACUCAGCCUUCAGAGCAGCUGGUGUGGCGGGCAGCCCGGAGCAGUGGGGCAGCCCCCACCUACUUCCGGCCUAAUGGGCGCUUCCUGGACGGCGGGCUCCUGGCCAACAACCCCACCCUGGACGCCAUGACCGAGAUCCAUGAGUACAACCAGGACAUGAUCCGCAAGGGCCAGGGCAACAAGGUGAAGAAACUCUCCAUCGUCGUCUCUCUAGGGACAGGGAAGUCCCCACAGGUUCCUGUGACCUGUGUGGAUGUCUUCCGUCCCAGCAACCCCUGGGAACUGGCUAAGACUGUGUUUGGGGCCAAGGAACUGGGAAAAAUGGUAGUGGACUGUUGCACGGAUCCGGAUGGGCGGGCCGUAGACCGAGCCCGGGCCUGGUGCGAGAUGGUUGGCAUCCAGUACUUCCGAUUGAACCCCCAGCUGGGGACGGACAUCAUGCUGGACGAGGUCAGUGACACGGUGCUGGUCAACGCGCUCUGGGAGACCGAGGUCUACAUUUACGAGCACCGAGAGCAGUUCCACAAGCUCAUCCAACUGCUGCUGUCGCUGUAGGGCUGCCAGGCUCCCAGCUACCCCACCCGCCCCACCACCCAACCCCGCCUGGGAGGCCACUGAGGCCCCAGCACCACAGAGCUGGGCCAUGGCUGCUCUGCCCACAGACGGGCCUCAGAGGGCACUGGCUUCCUGCCUGAGGCUGCUCCUGAAGGCCUCUCUCCCCCUCUGUCCCUGCCUUCCCGUCCGUUUGUCACUUCAGGCUUAGAAAGCCUAGAGCCUCACCCUAUCGGUUCAAACACUAAGGGCGCCCAGCUUUGCCCCCAGCCCUGGGUUCUUCCAGGUCCUCUGGGGGUGCAGCUGCCCCGUCCACCCUCUGCCCUCUUCCCUGGCCACGGGGCUGGAGAAGCUGCAGAAACUCCAUCACCCGCCUCGUCAGCCCCGAAACUCCAUGUGCCAGGAGUGGGGCGCGCCAUUCAACUUUGCCCCUCGGCACACGCCCAGCCACCUGCAACCCUCAGAGCUGCCCCAGCUCCCAAUGCUGCUCCUGUGGCUGCUCUCGACAGGCAGUGAUUUAUGAGUGGGGUG